AUGCCGAGCUCAAAGAAGUGGUACAAUUGGUACAUCUCCGUCGUUGCUGCUCUGUGCAUGGUGCUCUACGGAUAUGAUGCCUCCGUCUUCAACAGUAUCCAAGGUUCCGACAACUGGUUGGACUAUGUCGACCUUGAUGUCACCAAGAACUCCCAGAUGCUUGGUUUGAUCAACACCGCCUACACAAUUGGUGCCAUUGUUUCCGGCUUCUUCAUCGGAGGGCCCUUGGCCGAUUUCAUGGGCCGUCGCUGGGGAAUGUGGUGCGGAUGUUUCGUCACCAUCAUCGCCACUUUUAUGCAGACCUUCUUCCCCUACCGAAAGAUUGGAGUCUUCAUUGCCGGUCGUGUUAUCAUUGGUCUCGGCCAAGGCAUGGCUCUGACUGCAGCCCCGGUUUAUAUCAACGAGGUCACCCCAGCCGAGAUCCGAGGCGCCGUCAUGACAAUUUGGCAGAUGAACUACUCCGUUGGUAGUUUCAUUACCUAUUGGGUCAACUAUGCUUGCUCUAAGAACAGGGAGAAGCUUGGCCAAUGGGACUGGAAGAUCGUCGUCCUCUUCCAAAUCCUCGUCCCCGCUAUUGUCUGUGUCCUGGUGCCUUUCAUCCCAGAAUCUCCACGUUGGCAUAUCAACAAGAACGGCAAUGUCGAGGCCGCCAGAAAAGCACUCCAAAAGAUCAGAGACACUGAGGAAGAGGUUGAGGAGGAGCUUAGGGCUAUCCGCAGUGCCAUCGAGUAUGAGAAGGAAGCUCUCAAGGGCUCUAGCUACUCUGCGCUGUUCCGAGACCCUUCAGUUCGCAAGCGACUUCUUCUCUGCAGUCUCCUCAACAUCGGCCAGCAGCUUACUGGCCAGGGUACUCUCAAUUCUUACUCUACAUCCAUCUACAAAAAGGUCUGGAGCGACGUCAACAAGAUCAACCUUAUCAACGCCCUCAACGCGACUUUUGGAAUUCUCUUUACCCUGAACGCAAUGUGGACCUCUGAUAGGUACGGCCGUCGAUGGCUCUUCAUUGUCGGUGCCUGCGGUAUGGCUACUUGCAUGCUCAUCGUCUCCGUGGUCGGCCUCACAACCCCGACCGACGCAAAGGGUGUCAAAUCCGAGCCGGUCGGAAUUGCCAUUGUUUUCCUUUUGUUCCUCUUUGCUUUCUUCUACAAGCCAUCUUGGGGAGCCACAACGUGGGUCUACACCGCCGAAAUCUUCAGUGCCAACGUUCGUGCCCAGGCUGUCGGGAUGUGCUCCCAAACCCAACAAUUCCUGCCUACCUUCUUGGCAAAGGAAGGUUUGAAGUGUUUAUUCUUCUUCAUGGCGAUCAAUAUCGUCCUGGCGGCCUACGUUUACUUCUUCAUCCCCGAGACGAAGCAGGUUCCGCUUGAAGAGAUCGAUACCUUGUUUGGAGGAGCUUCCCACGCAACAGAAGGAGCGGACAUCCUCGGAGACGCCCUAGAGAAGGAACCUGUUCAGCACAAGGAUGGCACCGAGGUUCAUCAGACAGAAGACAAGAAAGUUUCAGUGUAA